ACUGUUGAACGUGGACAGGAGCAGACAGGCAGUGCUGUGAGAGCCACGGGAGGAAGAGGGUCACUCCCGUAGCAUCAUUCUUCCGACCACAGACACUCAUGGGAAACAACAGCAGCUCCACAGUGGAUGACCUCCAGGCUGUUGAGAUCCACCACUGGUACAAGAAGUUCAUGACGGAGUGUCCUUCUGGACAGCUGACGGAGCAUGAAUUUAAGCAGUUCUUUGGGCUUCGAGGGCUCGAUCCGGAGGCCAAUAGGUACAUUGAGCAGAUGUUCCGCACGUUUGAUAUGAACAAGGAUGGGUAUAUUGACUUCAUGGAAUAUGUGGCUGCCCUCAGCCUUGUCCUCCGAGGGAAGAUGGAGCAGAAGCUGCGGUGGUAUUUCAAGCUCUAUGAUGUAGAUGGCAACGGCUGCAUCGAUCGACAUGAACUGCUCAACAUUAUUAAGGCUAUUCGAGCUAUUAAUGGUGGUGACCAUGAAACUAGUGCAGAAGAGUUCACCAACCGAGUCUUUGACAGGAUUGAUGUGAAUGGAGAUGGUGAACUUUCUCUGGAUGAAUUUGUGGAGGGAGCAAGGAAAGACGAGGAGUUCAUGCAGGUUAUGAUGAAAAGUUUGGACCUGUCUCACAUUGUGGCCAUGAUCAACAACCGUCGGCACAGUAUAUAAAUCAAGCUGAGAGAAAAUGCUGUGCCUAGAGACAGGAGGGUAUAGAAACACAAGGAAGGAGAGACACCAUUUUUUAAAACAAAAUUUCCAUAAACAUGAAUAUGGAAGUAGGAACAGAAAGACACUGCUACAUUUUUAUCUGAGUGCAUGUUCCUGUACAAAUACUGAAGCUUAGCCACAUAAAUGCAGGACAGGUUCAGAAAACUGGAUCUGUGUGUCAGUAUUUGACUUGACUUCCUAAAAUUUAAAGACCAAAUUUCAGGGCACAAAUUUCCUCCUUAUUCUGUGUCCCAGAUUGUCACUUUGCAAUGGACUGAAGGUAAUGCCAAGUUUGUGAAGAACACUAGCAGAACUGGAUGAUGACAUGUACAAAAGAAGAGCUUCAAACUGUUAUCAACGUAGAGAACUGUCAAAAGAAUGUAACUUGUGCUGCUCUUGUCAUGACAUUGGUUCAUAAACACCAGCAUGGUUGUCCAUACCAGAUGUGCUUCUAUUUGGUAGUCUCUACAGGAGUAGUUUUAGUCAUAAGAUCACAGGAACUGGAAGAAAAACCAGUCUGAUAGUGACAAAUCUGUCCCAGCUGCGCUGUCAGCAAUGCAGAUGUUUGAGCUUUCUGUGAUCAAAGAACUCUACCAAACAAGUCAACAGUCUGGAGCAGCUUCUGUAACCAGAGAAAAUAUGCUGCUCAAUUUCCCAAAGCAUUACUUGAGAGAUCAAACCUUUUAUACACUUGUUGCCCUGCUUAUUCUCUUCUCAUACAACUGAAUCCCUGAAAAUGUUCAAGGCCAGGUUGAACAGGGCUUGGAGCAACCUGAACUAGUGAGUGGCAUCCCUGCCAAUGGCAUAGGGUUGGAACUAGAUGAUCUUUGAGGUCCCUUCCAACCCAAACCAUUCUGUGACUCUAUGAUAAAUGAAGUAUGUGAAGAUGAUCUUGUUGCUUCACAUGUUCUUCACUGGUGUUUCAUUUUGGUCUUGAGGAGACAACCUAAUCAAAACAAACAUCUCAGCAAGGUGACUUGUGAAUCCUGCUGUUCAUGUGAAUGCCAGAGUGAAGUUCAUACUCUGUGCUACCACAAAGGGCUCUCUGUACAGGAUGGGAAGAGUGAUGUAGCAUGGAUAGAACCUCAGCAAAGUGUCUUGUUCACUGACAUUAGAUAAGGUCAUGAUCAGAAGCUCCUUUGACUUCAGAGAGAGAACCAGAAGGAAAGAAGAAUGCAGGAAAAGUUCAGCUGAGUGCCUAUGCCAUAGCUGGCAUGUUUUUCCUGUGCAGGAGGAAGAACUUGCAGACUUUAGACUGGACUUAUUCUUGCUCAUAUUUAAGCUUCUGUGAUGUUCAUAUGUGUGUUGGGUUUGCGUGGCCACCUUUUGGCUGCAGGGGGUGGGGUGGGCGCCUACAGGAGUGGCUUCUGUGAGAAGCUGCCAGAAGUUUCCCCCUUGUCCAGCAGAGCCAAUGCCAGCUGUCUCCAGGAUGGACCCACCGCUGGCCAAGGCUGAGCCCAGCAGAGAUGGCAGUGACACCCUGGGGAUAAGCUAUUUAAGAAGGAAAAAAGUUAUUGGGCAGAAGCAAUUGCAGCCAGAGAAGAGAGGAGUGAGAAUAUGUGAGAGGAAUAGCUCUGCAGACACAAAAGUCAGUGAAGAAGGAAGGGGAAGAGAUGCUGUCAAAUGUGCUGGAGCUGAGAUUCCCCUGCAGCCAAUGGUGCAGCCCAUGGUGAAGCAGGUUGUCCUCCUGCAGCCCAUGGAGGUCCACAGGGGAGCAGAAAUCCACCUGCAGCCCAUGGAAGAGCCCCAUGUCAGAGCAGGUGGAUGCUGAAGGAGACUGUGAUCCAGUGGUUAGGCCACACUGGAGCAGGGUCCUGGCAGGGCCUGUGGAGAGAAACACGUGCUGGAACAGUUCCUGAAGGACUGACCCCAUGGAAGGGCCCACACUGGAGCCCUUCCUGAAGGACUCACCCUGUGGAACGACUCAUGCUGUGGAAGGACCCACACUGGAGCAGUUCCUGAAGGACUGAACUUGCGAGAAGGACCCACACUGGAGCAGUUCUUGAAGGAUGGAACCUGCAGGAAAGACCCUGCACUGGAGCAGCUCAUGAAGAACCACAGCCCAUGGGAAGGACUCGUGUUGGGCAAGUUCAUGGAGGACUGUGUCCUCUGAGAGGGACUCCAUGCUGCAGCAGGGCAAGGACUCCCCUCCCUGAGGGGGAAGCAGUGACAUGAACUGACCAUAACCUCCAUUUCCAUAUCCCUGCACUGCUGGUGGGGAGGAGGGAGAGAAUCAGGAAUAAAGUUAAGCCUGGGAAGGAGGAAGAGGCGGGGGGGAAGGUGUUUUUAAGAUUUGUUUUGCUUCUCAUUAUCCUAGUGUGAUUUUGAUUGGUAAUAAAUUCCGUUAAUUUCUCCAAGUCAGGUCUG